UUCUAUUUAGUCACUCUUUGGAAAGAGCCAAAAAGAAGAAAAAAGAAAGUGCAGAGAGCUUCUUUAAUUUCUUUUCUUGAUUUUCACACUAACAUCUUCAUCUUCAUCUUCAUCUUAAUUCAUAGCAAAACAGUAUGUUAGAAGGCAAAGCACUGAUUGAAGACACAGACAUGCCAGUAAAGAUGCAGAUCCAAGCUAUGUCAUAUGCUUCUCAAGCUCUUGAUCUUUAUGAUGUUUUAGACUGCAAAUCUAUAGCUGCUCACAUCAAGAAGGAAUUUGACAAGAAGUAUGGAGGUGGAUGGCAAUGUGUGGUGGGAUCAAACUUUGGGUGUUUCUUUACUCAUACUAAAGGAACAUUUAUCUAUUUCACUUUAGAGACUCUAAACUUCCUAAUCUUCAAAGGAGCCUCUUCUCCUUGACAAGAUAUUAUAGGCUGUUGUGGUCGGGCCCUUUCCUUGUACUAUAGCAGGAGCUUUAGUGCAUCGCGAUGUAGUUACUCUUAGUUAAGUCAUUCCUCUUGUUCAUAACCCCUUCCCUCUUUUUUAACAUUUUUUUUUCUACUUUUGAAAGCAAGAUCUGGCCAUUGUAUGUUUUCAAAGAAAAUGUAACUUUUAGUUAUGUAUCCAUGAGUAGAUUAAAUUUAAUUAUGCUCACUCACUUUACUUAUCAAGAAGGUUAUGAUGCCUUUGAGAAAGACACUUUCUGGGUUUGCCUUAAUUAAGGACCAGAUUUAAAGGAAAAGGAGUGUUGAAGUAGCUUUAUCACAAAGUUGAAUUUGCCAUUUUAGAAUCUCUUUGCAUAUAUUCCAUAGUCAAUCAUAAGCUUUGUAGGCCAUGUCUAUACUAGAGGUGGUCACUAUGUCUA